AUGGGGAGAGGCAAAGUGGAGCUGAAGAGAAUAGAGAACACAACAAGUAGGCAGGUGACCUUCUCAAAGAGGAGAAAUGGGCUUUUGAAGAAGGCUCUUGAAUUGUCCAUCUUAUGUGAUGCUGAAGUUGCACUGCUCGUCUUCUCUCCCUCUGGAAAGGCUCAUCAGUUUGCUAGCCAUGACAUGCACAGGACCAUUGCCAAGUAUCGCUGUGAAAGAGGAUUGCCUCAAUCAAUUGACCAACGCUGUAGAUCAAUGGAGUUUUGGAGGACUGAAGUUGAAGAGUUAAAGAGAACAAUAGACGUAUUGGAGACAAGACUCAAGCACUUGGCUGGAGAAGAUCUAUCAAUGUUGGGCAUGAAGGAGUUAAAACAGAUAGAGCGACAGAUAAAGAUUGGGGUUGAACGCAUCCAUUCUAAAAAGAGACGUAUCAUUUCCGAGCACAGCACCUUGAUGAAAAGGAAGCACAGAGUCCUGCAAGAGGAAAACUCUCGCCUGCAGAAAAGAUUGCAUGAGCUGCAUGAUGUUUACUUAAGGUCAAGAAUUUCGGCAGAGAAUGCGUGCAACGCAUACCCAAGGGUUCUUCAGCAUGGAAUUAAUUAUCAUUAAGCGUCAGAUGAUCUCCCACCAGUUACAUUGAAGGAUCUUCAAUUACUUCAAUAAUAGUUAUCGUAAUCAUAUAAUUGUUCAGCAACAACAAAUUACUAAGCUUUUUGGCUUUUGUUUGGUUCUUAAUUUACUGCCUUUUUUUUUUUUGAAUUUUAUAUUUGGUGUUUUGUGUUCUCAAUCUCCCUUUUUAUCUCUGUAUAUAGCUUGUGUUUGAA